UUUUGAUGUUCGCACACUAAACGAAGAAUAUAAAAAACAACAUCCGAAAAAAGUUCAAUGUUUACAAUUAAUAGUGAAGAAAAAAGUUCUUAAUAAUCCAUCUUUUGGACAUUUAAUAAAUAUUCUUACUGACUACGGGAAACUCGAUGUAUUUAAUAUAAUUUAUGAAAACUCCAAGGAAAACACCGGUGGUAACAUUGAUCAUGUAAAACUUGACAAUCCUGAAGUAGAUUCGUUAAAAUCGCUGGAAGUCGAAAGUCGAUCUCAAGAGAUGGAAUUCAAAAUGAAUGUUGAAGAUCCUGGGGAAAAUUGUACUAUAAAACGUGAACCCAGGGAUAACCACUCGGUGAAUUCAAAAAAAUUGAAUUUUGAAAUUAACAACGACGAAAAAAAAAUACAACACCCUUCGACAAAUCCGGAAAAAGAUGAGGUAUUAAAGAUCGAAAACGUAGUAUCACUUUAUGUCAAAAAAGAUACAAUACAAGCAUGUCAAUCAUUUUCGACAAAUCAACAAGAGUCUUUAGGAAUUAUGCAAAUUGAAACUGAAAUUAAUAGUGAUAUUGAAGACAUGAACUUAUUUCCCGAGAUAACGAUUGUCAAAGAUGAAUAUUUCACAGAAAUAAAAAGUGAACCGGACGAAGUAAUUUUUACAUGA